GAGAAGAAGAAGGAGGGGGGGAAUCAGAGGAAAUCUUUACAUCCGUAGCAUCAGCAUCACUGCAACAGGGAGACACAACACACAGUGACGGAGCCAGGUGACAAUCGCAGGCCCAGAAACACAGCGUUAUAGGGUAGGAUGUCACCAUUGCUACUUUCCCUUCUCCCCUUUCUCCUAUUCUCCACAUCUUGGGGACACCAUGACAGAUGUCUUGUAGAGAGGAAGCAGAAGGCGGCUGCCAGCGCAGAAUCCGGACUAACAAAGUGCCAGCAGUAUUCUAGCCAUUCCUGCUGCUCUCAGAAACACAUAGAUGCCCCACCAUUUGCCCCUUACCCAUGGGAAGGAUGUGGAACCCUCAGUCCCAGGUGUGAAGAAUACGUGAACCGUGUGCAGUGUAUGUAUCUCUGCUCCCCGCACAUCGCCAAGUGGGGUCUGCCUGGAUCGCUCGCUGGGAUACACGAGCUGCCCCUCUGUGACAGAUUUUGUGACCAAUGGUUUGACGCAUGUAAAGAGGAUUUAAUAUGCUCUGGAUACACAAGCACUGAAAGCAACUGCAGCAAAGGCUGUAUAACUUACAGACAGAAAUUUGGAUCGGGAGAACAGCUGUGUGACACAAUCUGGAGGCACUCCUUUGCAGCAGUAACUGAGGAGUGCUUCUGCAUCACCCCUCUAGAAGAAGGGGCGGAUAUUUUACAAGAGGAUCACGCCCACGCAGAGCUAGAUGCUGCCCAGGAGGGCUCAUCAGGAUACCCAGAGAUGUGUGCCCAGGAUCCCCACAAAAUCCCACAUAAGAGAAGGAUGAGAAGAGCUGUGUGGAAGAGGCAUGCCCACUUAGACGGUGAAGGGAGUGGCAGCGGCAUGGGGGCAUAAUAGAAGCACAGCAACCUUUCUUACUCGUGCUAACCACCUUCCUCCCUCCUCUGACAAGCUACCCCACCUCUUUCCCUCCCUCCCAUAAUGCCUACCCUUUAAAAGUGCCCAUAUAACCAAAGUUAUAACCAGCAGGUGAUCAAGCUACAGCAGAAACAAGAUACGCAAGCACAAGCUGAGCCAAAGAGCUUAUAAUCUUUCAUGACACUGCUACACUAAUAAAGUGUCUUUUACAAUGAUUUUACUCUGCCCUUUAUAAAUGCAGUAUUUUUAAACUUCUCACCAGCAUGUGGGCACUUGAAACAAAGCUGUUGGUUGGGAAGCAAAACUCUUGCUGGUUACGUACCCCCCAACAAUACAAAGAAAAUAAAUCUAUAUAUUAAAGUGUAA